GUGGGACACACACCUUGAAUGCGACAUUUGCACUUAGGUCCAAAAAGCAGCUCACAAUGCAUUUCUCUUCUUACUAUCUCAUGUUUGGUCGGGGGGCAAGAUAUGCUUCAGAAGUUCCUGAUGACUAUGAGGUAAAUUAUGAAAUGGUGGAGAGAACUGUGGCUUCGGAAGCCUUGACUACUAGCCUUCAAGACCUGCCAAAGGUGCACAAAUUUGUUGUGGAGCAUGUAGAAAAGGUGAGGAAGAGGAAGGCUCUGCAGGGCCAGGAGAACAGAUUUAAUGUUGGAGACAAAGUUUUACGGAAAAAUGUUUGUGAAGAACAGCGAAAGGGAGGAAAAAUUGGAAGUGCUAUGUUUGGCCCUUUUACAGUAAUUAACAAUGAAGGUAAAAGUGUGGACCUAGUUUCUGAAAAAGUAAAGGCCACACUGAAGGUAAAUGUAGACCACCUUACCCGCUACAUUGAGCCAGAACCAAGGUUGCUGCACAAAUGGCCUAAAACUGGCGCUACCAUUGUCAUUCCUCUCCAUUACCCACCUACAUGCCAUGAGCCUGAAGAGACCCCAACAGACACUUUUCUACAGCACUCUUAUAUAAUAAAUGCUUACCUCAACAGUUUGGUGAAAGAGCACACCACAGAGUCCAAAAGAGGCUUUGUAAUAGACUCAUAUCAAAUGUCCUCCAUGUGGCAAGAAAACUGUCAGUCUCCUCUCAAUCUGCAGAAUUCAAUCGAUGAGAUGCAGCUGGACUUCAAAGACAUCUUCAGUGACUUUGUCAACAAAAAGGUCUGA